GCUGUUAUAUCAUUGCAAACUCUUGAGCAUCAUUUUCAUACAGUGCUCAGCUCUGUUCACGCGUCACUGUUAAAAUUUCUCCUUCCGUGCUAGCCAUGGUGAAACACGCUCAUCGGAUUGUGUUUGGUUUUGACUCAUCACACGCUUGUCCGUUGUUGGACUUUCUCUAUAAUUUACAUUCUCUGCUUAUGUUUGACAAUUUUUCGCUAGCUGUCAGUGUUCUUUAUGUUUUAUGGUUUUGUUUCGAUUGGCUUUGUUUUUCUGCUAUAUUCGUUACUCGUUUGGUUGGCUUUGGUUAGUCUCUCUUUGAAAUUGUGCGGAUAUGUAAUAAAUAUAUGGAAACGUGCGUGGAUACGGAUGUUUAUAAAGUGUUGUCGCGUUGCAAUAAAUUGUAAAGGAUUCAAUGUAUUUGUAAUAUGUAGAGUUUAGCGACUACAAAAUGAAAGAUUCUUAAUUAAUGUUGAAUUGGCGGCGUGAAUAAUUCAAAUAUCAUUGUAUCGGGAAAUCAAUUGAAAAUCUUAGUGCUUAAAAUUAGUGUUUUAAUACAGAGAGUUACAAUUCUACAAGGAAUUGUAUAUGUAUACUAAUGUAUGUAAGCAAUAAGUAAAAACGCAAAGUGGUUAAAGCAAAGCAAGAAGGUAGCAGGCUUGUGUGUGGUGUGAAAAAGGAUAAAGUCUUUGAAAAAGUGAAUAAUAGCAAAAUGGCACAUACAAAAUAUUUCAGUAUUAAAGAGAAUUCCAUACACGUUUUAUUUUAAGAACCUGGUAAGGUAAAUAUACCAAUUGCUCGAGAAUGCUGAAAGAAGAUUUUCCGCUACGUGCAAGUGGCGACCGGUUUCAAUAAACAACUCGUUACCAUUGGUGCUACGGGCGUCACAAUUAUUCUAAAAAUUAAAACUAGUUUAAUAUAAGAAGGGAGAGAAAUUAUUUUAAUACAUAUUUUUUAAAAUCGUUGAAAUGAAUUGAAAAGAAUAUAUAUAUUUCUGAUUGGACAUAAAAGCAGGUAUACUAUUAUUUUAUAAUACCGCGCAUGCAUGGUUCGCAUAUAAACAGAACACAUACUUAUAAUACAUAAAAAGCAUAACUAUCACUAACAUAUUCAUGUUAAAUGCAAACUGUUAGUGCUUAUGCGAUUAUUUGUACAAAUGUAUGUAUGUAUGUAUACAUGAAUUUAAAUCUUAACAAUCCUUCCUCUACCGUAACGUCUUCAGUUCGAAAACAUCAUCUACAUAUCAAUGUGCCAAUUGUUAAACCGUGAAGACAUUUACAUAAAUAUAAGACUAUCCUAAUGUGUAAUAUAUAGAUAUACAUAUAAAUUUGUAUAUAAGUAUAUGAGUGUUGAAAUAAAUAAAAUAAAUUAGUGAUAACCGCAACAGCAAUAAAUUAAUGUCAGUGUAUUUGGUAAAGAAGAAAGCGCAAUUUGCGCAAGAAGUUGUAUAAAAACAUUUAAAAAGAAAUUUAAUCCAAAAAGUCAAAAACAUCCCAACCAAAAUGAUUUUGUUUGGCUUGAUUUGUCUAAGUGUGCUUGCUGUGGACGCUAGGGAUUUAGCAGCGAGUAGUGGGGCUGCUUAUGGAAGUAAAACAGCGACAACAUCUGGACCAGAAAUGUUCACUAGAACUCUUAAUGAAACACGCACCUGCCCAUCCACCUACUUUACUUGCACUGAUGGCGGUUGCAUCCCCAUGCGCUGGAAAUGCGACUCUAAGCCGGAUUGUGCGGACGGCUCUGAUGAACCGAGUGAAUGUGUGAAUGCCUCCAAAUGCAAUGAGGGCCAAUUUCAAUGCACCCGUUCCCGCAAAUGCAUACCCAACAAUUGGGUGUGUGACAGCGAAUACGACUGUGGCGAAUUCGAUACAUCCGAUGAGACAAAUUGUCACAGCGAUGAACAGAAAUGCCUUCCAUACCAGAGCGAGUGCAACAACGGUGUAUGUCUGGAGAUAUCGCGCUUUUGCGACGGCACCUGGGAUUGCGACAGUGACGAACUGAAGUGUGAUAAACAGGAUACAGAAUGUGCUAACCUCAAUUGUUCCUUCAAUUGCAAGUUAACUUCGCGCGACGGUCCCACUUGCUAUUGUCCGCCGGGUCAGGUGGCUGUCAAUGGCACCCAGUGCGCAGAUUUCGACGAGUGCGGCGUGGAGGGCACCUGCGACCAGCUGUGUCGCAAUACGCCCGGGUCGUUUGAGUGCAGCUGUGUGUCGGGCUAUUCGAGACAAAAGAAUCGCUGCCUGGCAAUAAAUGUGCCGCCCAGUGAAAACGCUUCGCUGGUAUUUUUCACGCAAACUGAUAUGCGGAGGGUCGACAGCAACGGGGAGCUGCAGGAUCAUUUUGUGUCCGGUGAGGUAUCCGCCAUUGAGAUAUGGCAUCGCAAUCGUACGGUAUGUGCCAUGUACUCCAGCGCUUGGACGACGGUGAGCAUGCGCUGUCAUCGCAUCGAUGAUUUGAAUGCCAAUUGGCUAAUGCCGUUGCCGGAAAUGGUCGGCAGCAUGCAUUCCAUCGAUAAGUUGCUGUUGGACUGGAUAUCGGGUAACUGGUAUUUUCUCAACAAUGAGCGGAGCGUUGUGUUUAUGUGCACGAAUUCGAUGCAAUACUGCAACUUACUGCUGGAGGAUGUAUUGAAUCCCUCGUCAUUGGUUUUGGAUCCCACCAAAGGUUUCCUCUUUUUUACCGAAUGGGGUCCCAGUUUGUCUCGCGUCACCCUCGACGGGCGCAAUCGCACCAUAUUGGUUUCCACACAGAUUUAUUACCCCAGUCGCAUGACGUUGGAUUUACCCAAUGAACACAUUUAUUGGAUAGACAUCUAUAAGGAUUUUAUAGAGCGUGUCGAUUACGAAGGCCGUAACCGUUGGGCCAUGAAGAAGACCGCAGACACUCACGUGGUUCUGAAAUCGCUGCAUGCUGUGGAAGUGUUUGAGAACACCGUCUACAUAGCGCCUUGGGUUGAUACAGUUAUUGUGAAAAUCAACAAAUUCACGCUAAAAGCUGAGGAAAUCGUGAAGGACGCAGAGAGGCCGUAUGAUUUUCGUGUUUUCCAUCGCCAAAAGCAGCCUGAAGUGGCGCAUCAAUGUCGUGAUAACAACGGCGAUUGCAGUCAAAUUUGUGUGCCGUUGUGGACGAAGAAUUUCGCCACCGCCCUAUGCCAGUGUACCGCCGGCUAUAAAUUACGCAACCGCACCGACUGCGUACAGCUUAACAAUAACAAAUUUCUACUUUACGCCAAGGAACGUUUGUCCAGCAUUACCGGUGUCUCGUUGAAUGUGCUAGAGGUGCAACAGUUGCUGAAACGAGACGAGCACACCGACGCCAUUGUGCCGCUAUAUAAUAUUACCAGGCCGCUGAGUAUCGACAUAAAUGUGCAUGAUAAAUUGAUAUAUUUCGUUGUGAUGAAAGCCUCUAGUUAUGCGCUAUACAGCCACUCCAUUGUAAGCGGGAGACGGACAGUCCUGGCCAAUGGCAGCGACAGCUCCUCGAUCUUGGCCUACGAUUGGAUCGCGCAGCACAUGUACUGGGGUGAGGGGAAGUCAUUGCGCGUGGCGCCUACAAAAAAUAUGAGCAACAUUUUUACACUGCCCCUAGCGGAAAUGCCCAUCUCAUUGGUGCUUCAUCCCGCUGAGGGUAUGCUGUAUUUUACCUCUUGGAGAGGCGAUGCGAAGGGGAAAAUCUAUAGCGCGUGGCUCGAUGGUACGCACAAAAAGGUGCUGGCUGAGAGUGUGAAGGAUAUGCCGAUGUCGUGGCCACUCAGCUUGAGCAUCGAUCGUCGAGGCAAAAAAAUAUAUUGGUGUGAUGUGAAAACGAAUAGCAUAGAACGAAUGAAUGUGGAUGGAUCGCAGCGCACUUUACUCUUUAAAGACGCCGAAUAUGAACCGAUAUCGGUGGCGUUCCAUAACGGCGUUGUUUUUUGGGCAGAUAAGAAAAAAGGAACUAUACACCGAUUCCCCGUGAACUCUCACACUGUAAAAACAGCCUCAAAGAGCAGUCAAAUGGGUGUACAUCUUUUGGAACGUGGCGAUAUCACACUUCUUAAGGUUUACGAUGCCGAAAGCCAGCCAGCCACGGUUGCUGUGAACGCAUGUGCCACAUCGAAAUGCCCGGGUAUUUGUUUGAACACUCCACAAGGUCCCGUCUGCCGUUGCCCGGAUAAUUUCACGCUCAACGCCAACGGUCUGCAGUGCAUUCCACAAGUAAUGUUAAGUGAGCCGUCGGAAAACUGUACUUCGGGCUUUCAAUGCAUUAAAUCGAAGCAAUGUGUAAAUACGAAGGACGUGUGCGAUGGAUUUGACGAUUGCAAUGAUGGCAGUGAUGAGAGCAGCAUACCGAAUGGACCGUGCAAUAUCAAUAAAUGUGAUUUGAAUUUGCAUUUUGUCUGCAAUAAUCGCUGCUACCAACGCGCGCUGCUAUGCAGUUCCAUUGUGUACUGUAAAGACGGAACCGAUCAACGGAAUUGUGAGACACACACAUGCAAUAACAAUGAAUUCACGUGCGCAAAAAGCGGAAAGUGCAUCCAAUUAUCGUGGGUGAACGACGGCGUGGCAGAUUGUGGUCCGGAUGACUCUUCGGAUGAGAUGACGGAGUUUGAUAUAGAAGAAAAGUGUCCUGAAUUCGAUUGUAAAAAUGGCAAGUGCCGACCAUUUUCCGACGUUUGUGACGGCAUAGAUCAGUGUGGCGAUAAUUCUGACGAGCGUGGUUGCGAGUUUGAGUGCGGACGCGAUGAGCACUACUGUGUACCCAUUGGCUGCUAUGGAGAACUUCACAUGUGUGACGGCAUACAAGACUGUGUUGAUUUUAGUGACGAAGCCAAUUGCAAUGAAACGAAGAGUGACAAUCAUCCAAUCGAUUUGGGCGACGUACAUGCCUGUGGUAGUAAAGAGUUCGGUUGUAAAGAUCCGUUUGAGUGCAUUCCGGCGUUUUUACGCUGCGAUGGUAUUCCACACUGUUUCGACAAAUCAGAUGAACUUAAUUGCACAACAUUAAAUGCUUCCCGAGCGGAUUUCAAUGAAACAAUAUUUUCAUGCGAGGCACCCGAUAGGCUCUGUGCUGUGUCGAAUAAAUGCAUUAGCGUUCACCAGCUGUGUGAUGGCAAUAUCGACUGUGAGGACACGACCGAUGAAGGAUAUUUUUGUGCCGACAAAAUGUGCGACAAAACGAACGAGUGCUCGCACUAUUGCCACAACGCGCCAGAGGGCUUCGUGUGUUCGUGUCCGCCACACAUGUUCUUGCAACCAAAUAGACGUCGCUGCAGCAUGCAGCAUGCGUGUGAACAUUGGGACACUUGCUCGCAAAUUUGCGAAACUGUCGGCAAGGUAUACGAAUGUAAAUGCCACGAAGGUUAUGAUUUGGAAUACGAUCGCUUUAGUUGUAAGAGCACCGCUUUCGAUGAACCCUAUGUUAUAUUCACGAAUCGCCAAGAGAUACGUGGGGUCAAUUUGAGAAAGUCGGUGGUGAGCAACUUCUAUACGUCGCUGCGUAAUACGAUAGCUUUAGACUUUCUAUACAACAACGAAUCGGUACAGAUUUUUUGGACAGAUGUAAUUGAUGACAAAAUAUAUCGCGGUUCUUUGGUGGGCGAAAGUUUGCGAAAAGUAGAGGCGGUGGUGCAUUCAGGCUUAUCGACCACCGAAGGUUUGGCAGUAGAUUGGAUUGGCUUGAAUCUGUAUUGGGUCGAUUCGAAUUUGGACCAGAUAGAGGUAGCUAAGCUAAAUGGUAGCUUUCGGCGUACUUUGGUUGCCGGCGCGAUGGAGAGCCCACGCGCUAUCGCACUGGAUCCGCGUGAAGGUCUUCUUUUCUGGACUGAUUGGGAUGACAAUUUUCCUCGUAUCGAACGUUGUUCGAUGGCUGGUGAAUAUCGGCGCACUAUAUCCACUACGUCUCAAGUGUCAGCUGGUUGGCCAAACGGUCUAACAUUGGAUUACACACAGAAACGUGUGUAUUGGGUGGAUGCUAAGUCGGACUCAAUAUCAACCAUCAAGUAUGACGGCUCUGAUCAUCAUUUGGUGGUGCGUGAUAAGGACAUAUUAUCGCACCCCUUCGCAAUAUCUGUUUUUGAAAAUUACGUGUACUGGACAGAUUGGCGGACAACUUCUGUAAUACGUGCCAACAAGUGGAACGGUUCGAAUAUACAGGUAAUACAACGCACGCAGACCCAGCCCUUUGGUAUACAAGUGCUGCAUUCAAGUCGACAACCGAGGGGUGUGAAUCCCUGUGGCAAUAAUAACGGCGGUUGUUCGCAUUUAUGUUUGCUGACCAUUAAAAAGGGUUACAAAUGCGAAUGUCCGCACAUAAUGCGCUUGGACCCUUCAGACCACCGCACUUGCGUACCCAACGAACAGGUGCUGCUCUUCAUAAUGGGUGACGAGAUACGCGGCAUUGAUUUGAUGCAGCCUAAUCAUCACACCAUACCCACCAUACGACAAUCACCACAGGUGCUUGCGCCACAACGCAUUGACUUUACUGUCGACGACAGCCGAAUUUAUUGGUCUGACAUACAACUGAAUGAAAUCAAAACGGCUGGCAUUUCAAAUGGACUUAUCGACACCAUCAUCAACACUGACAUACAGAAACCGUAUGGGUUCGCCAUUGAUUGGAUAGCACGUCACAUGUACUUCUCGACCGGCAAAACGAAAUGCCAGAUACUGGCGAGCAAUUUAAAAGGGGAGUUCGUCACAGAAAUACACAGAGAUCUUAAUUUGGUGGAGAGCAUUGCUUUGAAUCCAGCAAAGGGAAAGAUGUAUUGGAUACACUCCGAACGGGACUCAGAACUGUGGCUAAUUGAACAGAGCAAUUUAGAUGGCUCUUCUCGCAGCGUUAUUUUCCAACACAACAAGACUUUGUUGAGCUUGACAAUGGACUUUGAUUCGCAGCGUUUGUAUUACGUCUACGACAAUUCCGGCAUUGCGUACUACGAUAUUGUGCGAAAGACUGUGAUUGAAACAUUGCAAUCAAGUGAAAUUAUGACUAUAAGCUCGGUGACGGUUUAUAAUGGCACCAUAUAUUUUCCGGAAAACAUACAAAGUGCUAUAAUGAGCUGUGGAAAAGACUCUUGUCAUAACAUGACCAGUGUGCGCACAAACACAAAAAGUAUUCAAUCUCUGAAGAUGUUUUACUCGGAGGCACAAACCGGUACGAAUACCUGUGCAGGACCACAACGUGGUGGUUGCGAGCAUCUUUGCUUGGCUAUAUCGUCUACAGAACAUGUCUGUCGAUGUUCUAUCGGUUACAAUGUACUCAGUACAAAUACUACCCGCUGUGUUGGAAAAUCUGAAUUCAUAUUCUAUUCAAAUCACGAACUUAAAGGAAUUGAACUUUACGAUCCCAGCACACUAGACACACAGCUUGAAGAGAAACCAGCUCUAGGUCCGAUUUCCCGAAUUUCUCUGGCCACUUAUAUUGACUAUGAUGUGGAUAAAGAGUAUUUGUACUGGGGAGACAGUGAACGUGGUACGAUCUCGCGUAUUAAACGCGAUGGUACACAGCGAUUUGACCUACUACCUGCCAUCGAUACCACUGACCCUAAGCAGCAAGAUUGGUUAGGCGGAAUCGCUGUGGACUGGGUGGCUGGAAAUAUAUACUGGAGCGAUAUGAAGCGAAAUCUAAUUGAGGUUGCCCGGCUUGACGGAUCUCACCGCCAUGUGGUUGUCUCCAGUGUAGAGACACCGACGGCAUUAGCUGUUGAUCCUGUGCAGGGCUUACUAUUCUAUGUGGGUAGCGGUAUUAUUGGUCGAACGGGGCUAGAUGGUAGUCAAUCAUUUAUACUGGUUAAUCAAACAGGCACAGUUAGCAAUCUUAUUUUGGACAUUGAUGCUACCAAAGUAUAUUGGUGCGACAGUGGAUCGAAGAGCAUCAUGAAAGUGGACUAUGAUGGCAACCUGAAGACGCCACUACUCAAUCACAGUCUUGACAAUCCCGUGGCGCUAGCAAAAAUUGACGAUUACCUGUACUGGGCGGACAAUAACAACAAUAAAGGCAGCAUAAAAGUGGCUCCGCUGUCGAAUUUAUCUGAUUUUAAGGAUAUACUCAAAUCGGAGGGAAAUUCACUGAAAGAUUUAAAGAUUUUCUCUCGGCGUGUGCAGAAAGGUUCAAACAUGUGCGCAGAAAACAAUGGCGGUUGCGAGCAAUUGUGUCUAUUCAAUGGCACUAGCGCUAUAUGUGCUUGCUCCCACAGCCGAGUAGCAGCGGAUGGUUCUUCCUGUGAGCCAUAUGAUAACUUUUUACUGUUCUCGUAUCGCAGCACCAUCGAGAGUAUUCAUAUGACAGAUCAUACGAACAAAAAUGGACCAAUCCAUGCGGUACAUAACACAACAUUUAUGAGAAACGUUAUAGCUUUAAGCUAUGAUUACGAGAAUAGCGUCAUAUUUUACUCGGAUGUGCAGAUGAGCACAAUUAAUUCGGUACAAUUCAAUGGCAGUAGAAAUCAGGUGUUGGUAAGCCAUCAAGGACGCGUCGAGGGCCUCACUUACGACAUCGUGAACAAGAUGCUCUUUUGGACCUCGAAUAAUGACGCGUCUAUACGUAGUUUGGAGCUGAUUCAUGUUAGCGAGAACGCUGAUAAUAAUACUCAAUUUGUAAAACGAAUAUUAAUGUUGAACUCUAAUGACAAACCACGUGGCAUUGCCGUAGAACCUUGCAUGGGCAUGAUAUAUUGGACGAAUUGGAACGAAGAGACCCCUUCCAUUCAGCGCGCGUACGUUACCGGUUAUGGUAUCGAGUCCAUAAUACGUACGGACGUAAAAAUGCCGAAUGCACUUACGUUAGAUUUCGAUGAGCAUAAAUUGUACUGGGCCGAUGCACGCCUUGAUAAAAUCGAGCGUGCUAACUACGAUGGUACACAUCGUACAGUGCUGGCGCAUUCCACGCCAAAGCAUGCUUUUUCGAUGGCCGUUUAUGGUGACUUGCUGUUCUGGACUGAUUGGGUGUUACAUGCUGUUGUACGCGCAAGCAAAUACUCAGGCGCGGAUGUGGUGUUCUUGAGAGAGAAUAUCGAUCGACCGAUGGGAAUUAUCGCGGUGCAAAAUACCACAAUCAAUUGCGACUCGAAUCAGUGCAAAAUAUUGAACGGUGGAUGCGAGGAUGUGUGCAUACUAAGUAAGAAUGGAACGGCCAGUUGUCAGUGCUCAAGAGGCACCUUGGCACCGGAUGGACGCCGUUGUUUACUUUUGCCGAAUAUAAACUGUGAUAAGAAUCAAUUUUCAUGUGUAUCGGGCGAAUGUAUACCAUUAGAGUUGACGUGCGACAACAUUACACAUUGCCUCGAUGGUUCAGACGAGCGCCGCAGUUACUGUAUACUACGAGAGUGUCCAGCACGUUUCUUCAUGUGCAACAAUCAUCGCUGUAUACCGCAGAAUAAAACAUGUGACGGCAUACAACAAUGUGGUGAUGGCUCAGAUGAAUCGGAGCUGGUUUGUAAAUGUGAACCCGACAAAUUCCGUUGCAACAGUGGCGAGUGCAUCUCCAUGCGGUUCGUUUGUGAUAAUGUGCGCGACUGCAAGGAUUUUAGCGAUGAGAAACACUGUCCGCCGCGAGAAUGUCCCCGUGGAGACGUGCUAUUUGAGCACUGUGUCAACUCAACGGCUUGCUUCAUGCCAUCUUGGCGAUGUGAUGGCGACAAUGACUGUCCGGACGGCAGUGACGAAAUGAAUUGCGAAAAUGUGCAUAAGGUUGCCUGUGGACCCGGUCAGUUUCAAUGUCCUAAUGGGCUUUGCAUAAAUGAGAAAUGGCGUUGUGAUGGUGAAAACGACUGCAAAGAUGUCAAGGGCGGGUUAAGUGCCGAUGAGGUUGGUUGUAAGAUGCAGUGUCGUAAGAAUGAGUUCCAUUGUGGCAAUACGUGUAUACCAAGUAGUUGGCAGUGCGAUGGCAAACCGGAUUGCGAGGACGGCACGGACGAGGGUGCACAGUGCCCGAACAGAGCUUGUCGACCACAUUUCUUCCAAUGCAAAUCAUCGGGACGAUGUAUACCGCAGAAAUGGGUGUGCGAUGGUGAGCACGAUUGCCCAGCACCAGGUAGCGAAGAUGAGGGUAAGCAUUGUGCAGCGGGAUCGGUAUCACAUGAACUCGAUUGCUUACCACUGUCUUUUCUCUGUUCGAGUGGCAUGUGUUUGGACCGUCGUUAUGUUUGUGAUGGAGACCAUGAUUGUCCUGAUGGAGAUGAUGAAUAUGAAAAUUGCGAACCGUUCCUGCAAGCGCAAGUCUGUGAUAAUGACACAGAUUUCCAAUGCCACGACUUGCAAUGUAUUUCUAAAAAUCUUACAUGCGAUACAAAACCCGACUGUACGGAUGGCUCCGACGAAGAUGCACAGCUUUGCGCGCACUCACAUAAUUUGUGUCAAGGGCCCGAUGACUUCCGUUGCAGUAAUGGCGCCUGCAUUGCCACAGAUUUGGUGUGCGACGGGCGAAACGAUUGUGCCGAUUUUUCAGAUGAGGAACUGUGCAAUAUAGACGAAUGUGUUAUUCCCGAUCUGUGCGAGCACAAAUGUGUGGAUAAAGUUAUUGGUUUUGAAUGUCAGUGCAACCCUGGUUACAAGCUGCUUGCUUCCAAUCAACAUUUAUGUGACGAUAUAGAUGAGUGUCAUGAGCAACAUCCUUGCUCACAGAUCUGUGUAAACACAUACGGGUCUUACAAGUGUUUGUGCGGCAAAGGCUAUGAAUUGGUGGACCACAACACAUGUAAAGCAACAAGCAACGAAACCGUAAAGUUCAUUUUUGCUAAUCGUUACUAUAUUCGCCAAGUGGACAUGCGCGGUAAUGGCUCCAUACUCAUUCACCAGUUGUCUAACGUGGUCGCCUUGGACUUUGAUUGGGAGACGAAGUGUCUUUAUUGGUCCGAUGUGACUUCAACAGUGGGUAUGAUAAAGCGGCAUUGCCCUGCUGAAAACAAAACAAGUACAUUACACCAAGCGAUGGUGAAGAAUCCAGAUGGCUUGGCCGUAGAUUGGGUCGGUAAGAAUUUGUAUUGGUGCGACAAAGGUUUAGACACGAUCGAAGUCUCAAAAUUGGAUGGUAAAUAUCGGCGUGUGCUAAUCAAUGAAAAUUUACGUGAACCACGCGGUGUUGCAUUGGAUCCCUUCAACCGUCAUAUAUUCUGGUCAGAUUGGGGCGAUAAUCCACACAUUGGCAAAGCCGGCAUGGACGGAUCUAACCCGCGUAUGAUAGUAAGAGAGAACUUGGGUUGGCCGAAUGCGCUCACCAUUUCCUUUGAAACGAAUGAACUUUUUUGGGGUGACGCGCGUGAAGACACCAUUUCUGUAUCCGACUUAGAUGGUAAAAAUGUACGUAUAUUGCUAGCGCGCAGUAUCAAUCCACAAUUAAACUUGCACCACAUUUUCGCCAUCGCAGUGUGGGAGGAUAAAAUAUAUUGGUCCGAUUGGGAGACAAAGUCAAUUGAAUAUUGCAAUAAAUAUAACGGGCAAAAUUGCUCCACGCUUGUGACUAUCAUUCAUCGGCCAAUGGAUCUACGAGUCUACCAUCCAUACAGGCAGCAACAGCCGUCAACAACCAAUCCUUGCCUAACAGCCGGUUGCGCUACUCUGUGCUUGCUAUCACCGGAGGCGCCACACUACAAGUGCGCCUGUCCGAACAAUUUUGUAUUGGGCGAAGAUGGAAAGUCAUGUCACGCCAAUUGUACAGCGGCUCACUUUGAAUGUGCGAAUACAUAUAAGUGCAUUCCUUUCUACUGGAAGUGUGACACGCAAGACGACUGUGGCGAUGGCAGCGAUGAACCAGUCACUUGCCCGGCAUUCCACUGCGAUCCAGGACAGUAUCAAUGCGACAACAAGAAAUGUAUUUACCCUUCGGCUAUUUGUGAUAACGUCAAUAACUGUGGAGAUGGUUCGGAUGAGCGUAAUUGCGAGAAAUUCACUUGCUUCGAGAAUUACAUGAAAUGCGAGGCAUCGACGAACACGAGCGCAUUCUGUAUAAGCAAUGGAAAGAAAUGCGAUGGUGUAAAGGAUUGUCCGAAUGGUGAGGACGAGACUGGUUGUACACCGCUCGUCUGCAAUAAAGAGCAGUUUCAGUGUGGUAAUAAUCGUUGUGUGCCAUACGUGUGGGUAUGUGAUGGAGACACCGAUUGUGCUGAUAAAUCGGACGAGGAAGGUUGUGAUUUGGUUACAUGUGAGCCAAGCGAUUUCCAAUGUAAUUCAGGUCGCUGCAUACCGAUGGCUUGGCGUUGUGACGGCGAGAACGACUGUCCGAAUGGCGAGGAUGAACCACCUACCUGCCAUUCGUCGAAGGAGAGCUGCGACCCCACCUACUUCAAGUGCAAUAACUCUAAAUGCAUACCUGGACGUUGGCGUUGUGAUUAUGAGAACGACUGUGGUGACGGCAGCGAUGAGCUGAACUGUCAGAUGCGCAACUGCUCCGAGAGUGAAUUCCGUUGCGGCACCGGAAAGUGCAUAAAGCACGACUAUCGCUGCGAUGGUGAAAUCCAUUGUGACGACAGCAGCGAUGAGAUUAACUGCAACAUUACAUGCAAGGCGAACCAGUUCAAAUGUGCCGCAUUUAAUACUUGUAUAAAUAAACAAUAUCAAUGUGAUGGUGAUGACGAUUGCCCGGACGGUUCGGACGAGGUGAAUUGCACUUGUCCAACCAAUUAUUUCACAUGUGCCAACGGCAAGUGUAUAAUGUCGAGAUGGAAGUGUGAUGGCUGGGACGAUUGUACUGAUGGUAGUGAUGAAAGCAUCGCCACUUGUGCGCACGAGCAUUGUCAUGCCAAUGCUUUCAAGUGCUCCAAUUUGAAAUGUAUUCGCAAAUCGGCUCUAUGUGACGGUGUGAAUGAUUGCGUAAAUUCUGAGGAUGAGUCAGAUGAGGUUUGUGCCGCGCUACCGAAGUGUCGGCACGAUCAAUUUCAGUGCGAGAAUGAUGAUUGCAUAUCGAAAGCGUUCCGCUGUGAUGGCCAAUAUAACUGUAUAGAUGGUUCGGAUGAGAUGAACUGCCAGCCACCGGUUUGCGGUUUUGGAACAUGCUCACAGAUCUGUAUUGAGAAAAAAGCCGGCCACUACAAUUGCAAGUGCACGGAGGGUUAUCAGAAAGGAUCAAAGAAAAACGACAGCUGCUUGGCUUCAGGUCCUGAACAAAUACUUUUACUCGCCUCUGAACAAGAGUUCCGUUUCAUUUUGCCUGCCAAACAAGAGGGCACCACUGUGGUGGGUUUCUUUCAGACAGAUAGCUUAAAAAUCGACGUUUUCGACAUACUGAUCCGAACGAAAGAUACACUCCUCUUCUGGAUUGAUUCCCAUCAUGGUAAAGUGCAUACUAUGAAAAUUGCAACUCCACAUGCUGAAACGGGUACGCGCAUGCGCAGAGAUCUGAAGGAGUUGACGGCUUUUAAUAUACCUGAUCUGAACGAUCCCAAGUCACUUGCUGUGGAUUGGAUUACCCAAAUGGUUUAUAUAAUAGAUUCGCGACAUAAUCAAAUUAUUGCUACGGACAUUGAUGGUAAAAAAUACAUUUCAUUGGCGUCGACCGGCAUGAAUCCCACCGAUAUUGUACUUGAGCCGGAAUCGCGUAUUAUGAUUUGGUCCACACUGGAAAAUGGCAUUUUGGUGGCAUCACUCGAUGGUACCAACAAGAAGAGUUUGGUCGAGCGCGAUGUUGGCUGGCCCAUUAGUUUGUCGAUUGACUAUCCUACCGGCCGCUUGUAUUGGGCUGAUUACCGCAAAGGCACAAUCGAGACAUGCAGAUUAAAUGGCAAAGAUCGAAAUGUAGUGCGGCGGUUUUCGAACAAAGAAAAGCCACAGAAAAUUGAUGUCUUUGAGGAUUAUUUAUAUAUCAAGUUGUAUGAUCAGAGCAUUAUUAAAAUGAACAAAUUUGGUGUGGACAACGGCACGUAUUUGCUAAAAGGAUAUCGCUCAUCGGAUAUUGGUAUACUGCAUCCACUAAAACAAAAUCGCAACAUCACAAAUCCUUGUGCAAAAGAACCGUGUAAAAUGAAACGCGCGCUCUGCAUACUUUCCUCAGAGGCCCGCAAUGGCUUCGCCUGCAAAUGUCCCAACGAUCUGAUAAUGGUGGACGAUGCGUGUAAGGCACAUAGUGAGGUUCCCGAUUAUUGUCCACUAAAGUGUAACCUAGGUACUUGCAAAGUGAUUGAUCAUGUGCCGAAAUGCAUCUGCCAGCCACAAUUUGAGGGUGAGCUGUGUGAGCACUCGCGUUGUUCAGGUUACUGUUUAAACUAUGGACUCUGCACAGUGGCGCCCCAGUUGCCCGGCUCGUCUGAGCCACCACCAUUGAAAUGUAGCUGCACGCCUGGCUGGUCCGGUCCGCGUUGUGAGACCUCGGUACCGGAAUGCCAGAGCCGCUGUCACAAUGGCGGUUCGUGCCUAAUCACGGACGAAGGUAUGAAAUGCACUUGCCCGGAAUUGUAUUUCGGUGAACAGUGUGAGCAUUGCGUGAAUUUGACCUGUGCUAAUGGUGGAAUCUGUCGUGAAACUUUAACUGGCACUACACAGUGUGAAUGUCCCGAUGGUUUCACGGGAAAGCGUUGCGAGGUGAACGUUUGUGAUGGUUUCUGUAAGAAUCAGGGAGUUUGCAGCAUUGGCACCAAAGGUGGCCCACAAUGCCAAUGCGUAGUGGGCUACUAUGGCGAACAAUGUGAAUCCGACUCUUGUCAGACAUACUGCUUGAACGGUGGUGUAUGUACCGAACGAGAUCAGCGCUUGACGUGUAGCUGCGGUGAUCGCUUUGAAGGCGAGCGCUGCGAAACCGACUUGUGCAAAACUGCAACACCACCACACUUUUGCGAUGAAUCCGAAUUGCCAUCACGUAAUCCCUGCACUGGCAUCAUAUGCCAGAAUAGCGGGACAUGCCACGUUAUCAAAGGCAUGGCCAUGUGCAACUGCACCGAUCAAUGGAAUGGCGAGUUUUGUGAGCGGCUGGUUGCCGAGGAGAAUCCCUGCAUUGGCUAUUGCAGGAAUAGUGGGGUUUGUCAUUUGGAUGCGUAUACUGUGCCACAUUGUAGUUGUAUUGGUGAAUGGGAGGGUGAUGACUGUAACACGCCGCCGAAAUGCGUUAGCAGCUGUGGCGUUUGCCGUACGGGCAGCUCAAUUAAUGAAUGCCUCUGUUCAAGCGGUAAAAUCACGCCAUGCUUGGCCGAAAGUGCGGACAAUGUGAAUAUUGAGCGUCAGCAAGGGCAGGAACACACAGCGAAUGUACUAUCGAUAUUAGCGGUGGUGUUGUCUGUCGCCAUAUUACUACUAACGCUCUUCGGGGGAGCGAUAUAUUUCCUAAAGAAGCAUCGCAUAUCACAGCCAUUUUCACAUGCACGUCUCACCGAUAAUGUGGAAAUAAUGCUAACGAAUCCAAUGUACAGAGGCGAUGCAGAUGAGACGCCAGCCUUCGUGCACGAGGACGACAAGGGUAAUUUCGCGAAUCCCGUAUAUGAAUCCAUGUACGCGGAUGCAAUUGUCGAGCCGGCGGCGGUGGUUGAGAAUGUUUUGAAUACGGCACCUGAUGAACGCAAGGGCUUGCUGCAGCACUCACACGACGACACAACUACACCAGACAUUCUUUGAUGAUUAACUACGAACGAAAUGUGUUAAUCUGGGGAUCACCUCAAUCGUAUAGGUUAGAAGAG